UGUCAACUGAAACCCCGUCCCAGACACUCGCAGACGUUAGUAACGACGAGCGGCAUGCUGUGAAGGACGGAUCUCCACCCAUUAAUCUUACUGUACCAAACCUCAAGUCUACACUAUCCAUCUCCUGCUUACAUGUUACGUCUAUUGUUCUACCACUCUCUUCCCGCCAUGUUCCUGUUGGCUGUUUCUUGCCAAUCCAUUCAUUUUACGUGUUGAACCAUAGCGGGCUUGGCUACGCUCGGGGCUGUGCUGACACCCGACGAAAGAAUAGCAACAUCCAAAAGCUGCGUCUCCGAAAAGGGCCAGUUUGAGAAUUCCACCGGGAAAAGGAUCGUUGUUUUACGAGCAAAUAUCCCUUCGAAAUCCGCGUUGCCAUUCUAUCCUUCCCGGGCGCGCAAUGCUCAUUGAAUGCCAUUGACGCGGAUUCAGGAGGAGCACCGGGAUUUGAACCGCAUCGACGCCAUUCCCCUUCGCCUCCCCUUGACACUUAGCCUCCGCAAUGGCUGGCAGAUCAGAACCACCGAAUCCACCGCAAAGGCAGCCAUCGGACCUCCUAGAAUUCGACGAUGAGCGACCCAUCUACUACUCCGGCCAGCGGGCGCCGGUCGAUGACGAACACAUGCUCGAGCGCUACGACAUCGACGACUCGGAUUGGCAGCAACCCCCCCGGCCUUCUGUAUCCUACGAUGAAUUCGUCGGAGGGGCCGGAACGGCGCAUCCUGGAGCGGCCGCGAGUAGUCCAGAGUAUCCAAGGUAUGCCGACUCCGACAACUUCCAGGAUGAUCGGUCGUACCAGGGGUCCUAUGCUGCGGGCGGAUUCGACGAUCGAGGAAUGACGAGCCAUAUCCCACACGCAAAGCCGACCAACCGGAAUAGUGUACUGAGUAUGGGCGGUGGGUUUAUGGGACGGAUGAAAAACCGACUGGGAAUGGGGCCACAGUAUUCGGAGAUGGACCUCCCGUUAACAGAAGCCGGGGCACGGGAAUCAAGAACGGAAAGCCUGGCUGGGACAACCCCGAAGAAAGAGAAGAGGCAUAGGAAGAUAAGCAAAAGCACCUUCAAGUUCGGAUUGGGCCGGAAAGAAGUCGAUCCAUCCACCCUGGGCCCUCGAAUCAUCCAUCUGAACAACCCGCCUGCCAACGCGGGGAACAAAUACCUCGAUAACCAUAUCUCGACCGCGAAGUACAACAUUGUGACCUUCCUCCCGAAGUUCCUGUUCGAACAGUUCUCGAAAUACGCGAACUUGUUCUUUUUGUUCACCGCCGCCCUCCAGCAAAUCCCGAACCUCUCCCCGACCAAUCGAUAUAACACCAUCGUACCGCUUGCUCUCGUCAUCCUCGUUUCCGCGAUCAAAGAGCUGGUUGAAGAUGCGAGACGGAAGUCGCAGGACAAAUCCUUGAACAGCGCGAAAGCGAGCGUCCUCAAAGGCUCGACCUUUACCGAAGUGACCUGGAUCGACGUAUCGGUGGGAGAUAUCGUUCGCGUGCAGUCCGAGGAGCCGUUCCCAGCCGAUAUCGUGCUCCUGGCGUCGUCCGAGCCAGAGGGCCUCUGCUAUAUCGAGACGGCAAACCUGGACGGGGAAACGAAUCUCAAGAUCAAGCAAUCCAUCCCGGAAACCGCAGAUUUGGUCAGCCCCGGCGAGUUGAGUCGACUAGGCGGCCGUGUCCGCUCCGAGCAACCGAACAGCAGCCUGUAUACAUACGAGGCGACCUUGACCAUGCCAUCGGGGGGAGGGGAGAAAGAACUUCCUUUGCAGCCCGACCAGCUUCUACUGAGGGGUGCUACAUUGCGAAACACCCCAUGGAUUCACGGAAUCGUAGUGUUUACUGGACACGAAACGAAGUUAAUGAGGAACGCAACGGCCACCCCGGUCAAGACGACCGCGAUCGCUCGAGCCGUCAACAUCCAAAUCCUGAUGCUCGUCGGCGUCCUCCUCGGCCUAAGCUUGAUCAGCACUAUCGGCGACCUCAUUGUUCGAUCACGGGAGCAGGACAAGCUCCGGUAUCUCUUCUACGGCGGCACGAGUACUGUCAACCAGUUUUUCUCCGAUCUCGUCACGUACUGGAUCUUAUUCUCCAACCUGGUCCCCCUGUCGCUGUUUGUGACGCUCGAAAUUGUGCAGUACUGCACCGCGUUCCUGAUAAGCGGUGAUCUGGACAUGUACUACGAUAAGACGGACACCCCGGCCAAUUGUCGCACGUCGUCGCUCGUCGAGGAACUGGGUCAAAUCGAGUAUAUCUUCUCGGACAAGACCGGCACGCUGACCCAGAACAUUAUGGAGUUCCGGCAGUGCACGAUCGGCGGCAUUCAAUACGGCGACGAAAUCCCCGAAGACAAACGCGCGACCAUCGAGAACGGCGAGGAGGUGGGCAUCCACGACUUCAAGACGCUCGCGGGGAACCGUGUGAAUCACCCAACCGCCAAUAUCAUCGACCAGUUCCUCACCCUGCUGUCGACAUGCCACACGGUGAUCCCGGAGCGCAACGACGAGAAAGGCACGAUUCGGUACCAGGCUGCGUCGCCCGAUGAAGGAGCCCUGGUGGAUGGAGCGGUCGAACUCGGCUACCGGUUCAUUGCGCGAAAACCGCGGUCGGUCAUCAUUGAACAUGACGGGCAGGAGGAGGAAUACGAGUUGCUCGCAGUCUGCGAGUUCAAUUCCACCAGGAAGCGCAUGUCCACCAUCUUCCGUUGCCCGGACGGGAAGGUUCGACUGUACUGCAAAGGCGCCGACACCGUCAUUCUUGAGCGCCUGCACAAGGACAACCCGUUCGUCGAGACUACGCUACAACAUCUGGAAGAGUAUGCUGUGGAUGGCCUUCGUACGCUGUGUCUCGCAUACCGGGAUAUCAGCGACCAGGAGUUCGAAGAAUGGUACGAAGUCUACAACACUGCGGCGACCACCGUCAGCGGUAACCGUGCCGAGGAGCUUGACAAAGCCGCGGAGAUCAUCGAGCAUGAUCUUACCCUGCUCGGUGCCACCGCGAUCGAGGACAAGCUGCAAGACGGCGUGCCUGACACGAUCCACACGCUGCAGGAAGCAGGGAUCAAAGUGUGGGUGCUGACCGGCGAUCGGCAGGAGACAGCUAUCAACAUCGGGAUGAGCUGCAAGCUGAUCAGCGAGGACAUGACGCUGCUGAUCGUGAACGAAGAGAACGCCGAGGGGACGCGAGAUAAUAUCCAGAAGAAACUCAACGCGAUCAGAAGCCAGAAGGACAUUGGCGCGGAACUCGAGACGUUGGCGCUGGUGAUUGAUGGCAAGUCGUUGACGUAUGCGCUCGAGCGAGAUACCGAGAAGAUGUUCUUGGACCUAGCCGUCAUGUGCAAGGCUGUUAUCUGCUGUCGUGUCUCCCCCCUCCAGAAAGCUCUCGUCGUCAAGCUCGUCAAGCGCCACCUCAAAGCGAUCCUCCUCGCCAUCGGCGAUGGGGCUAACGACGUCUCCAUGAUCCAAGCAGCACAUAUCGGCGUAGGCAUCAGCGGCAUGGAAGGACUGCAAGCAGCUCGUAGCGCCGACGUCUCGAUUGCGCAAUUCCGGUAUCUUCGCAAACUGCUACUCGUGCAUGGCGCGUGGUCGUACCACCGAGUCUCUAAAACGAUUCUCUAUUCCUUCUACAAGAACGUGGCGGUGUUCAUGACGCAAUUCUGGUAUUCCUUCCAAAAUGCGUUCAGUGGCGAAGUCAUCUACGAAUCCUGGACCCUCUCCUUCUACAACGUGCUCUUCACCUCCCUUCCCCCCUUCGCCAUCGGCAUCUUCGAUCAAUUCGUCUCCGCCCGCCUCCUCGACCGCUACCCGCAGCUCUACCAGCUCUCGCAGAAAAAUAUGUUUUUCCGCACCCACAACUUCUUCUCUUGGGUCCUCAACGGCUUCUACCACUCCCUCAUCCUCUACUGGGCCGGCAACUACAUCUACCACUGGGACAAGCCGCAGUCUGACGGGAAGACUCCCGGCCAUUGGGUCUGGGGCACCGCGCUGUACACUGCGGGCUUGAUGACCACGCUCGGGAAGGCCGCGCUCAUCAGCACCCAGUGGACGAAAUGGACCUUCGCGGCGAUCCCCGGGAGUUUCGCCGUCUGGAUGGUCUUUUUGCCGGCGUAUGCGUCGGCGGGUCCGGCGUUGGGCUUUUCACUGGAGUACGAGGGCGUGCUUCCGCGUCUAUUUACAGAUCCGACGUUCUACGGUAUGGCAAUUGUGCUUCCGGUUCUUUGUCUCCUGCGCGACUUCGCAUGGAAAUAGUAAGUGGCACCCGUGCCUCCCACUUGUCUCCAUCCUAACCAUUCCGUCUAGCGCCAAACGGAUGUACUUCCCCCAAACCUACCACCAUGUCCAGGAGAUCCAGAAGUAUAACAUUCAAGAUUAUCGGCCCAGGUACGUUUCCUACGAUUCCACUCGUCAUUCAUCAGCUAACCUUUCGUCUAGAAUGGAACAAUUUCAAAAGGCCAUCCGCAAAGUCCGCCAAGUGCAGCGCAUGCGAAAGCAGCGUGGCUACGCUUUCUCGCAAACAGAUGAG